AUGGAAAUUCCUGCCAAAGAAAGAGAUACAGAAUCUAAUGAAUUUGGAAAAGUUUUCACUCUACAAUCAAUAGUUUCAGAACAGAGUGAUCUUAUACAAGAGUGUUUUCAUGAACAUGGUACACAUGGAAAAAUCUUCAAACAAAACUCAGAGUUAAUUAUACAAAGGAAGUGUGAUGGAAAGAAACCUCGUAAAUGUGGUGGGUGUGGGAAAACCUUCAGAGACCACACUGCUCUUGUUCAACAUGAAAGGACUCAUACUGGAGAGCGACCCUAUAAAUGUAAUGUAUGUGGAAAGGGAUUUAACCAGAGUUCCCACCUAACAAACCAUCAGAAGACUCAUACAGGAGAAAGGCCCUACAAAUGCAAUGAAUGUGAGAAGGCCUUCAGUUAUUGCUCAGUCCUUAUGCAACAUCAGAGAAUUCAUAGUGGGGAGAGACCAUAUGAAUGUACUGAAUGUGGCAAGACAUUCAGUCGUAGCACAUACCUUACUCAGCAUCAAAGAAUUCACACGGGAGAGAAGCCCUAUAAGUGUCUGGAAUGCGGAAAGGCUUUUAGCCAGAGCACGCAUCUUACUCUCCAUCAGAGAAUUCAUACUGGAGAGAAGCCUUAUGAAUGCAAUGAAUGUGGUAAAACCUUCAGUCAGAGUGCACAUCGUACUCAACAUCAGAGAAUUCAUACUGGAGAAAAGCCCUAUGAAUGUAAUGACUGUGGAAAAGCUUUCAGUGAUCACUCAGCUCUUAUUCGACAUCAUAUCAUCCACACUGGGGAGAAACCUUAUGAAUGUAGUAACUGUGGGAAAGCUUUCAGUUACUGUUCAGAUCUCAUUCAGCAUCAGAGAACACAUACUGGAGAGAAACCAUACAAAUGCAGUGAAUGUGGGAAUGCCUUUAGUGAUUGUUCAGCCCUUAUUCAGCAUCAAAGAAUUCACACUGGAGAGAAGCCCUAUGAGUGCAAUGAAUGUGGGAAGGCCUUUGGUAACUACUCAGCUCUUAUUCGACAUCAGAGAACUCAUACUGGAGAGAAGCCCUAUGAAUGUAAGGAAUGUGGAAAAACCUUUAGCAGAAGGACAUACCUUGCUCAACAUCAGAGAAGUCAUACAGGUGAUAAACCAUAUAAAUGUAAUGAAUGUGAGAAAACUUUCACCCAGAGUUCAUUCCUUACACAACACAUGAGGGUUCAUACCGGAGAAAAACCCUACAAAUGUAAUGAAUGUGGGAAAGCUUUCAGCGACCGCUCAGGGCAUAUUCAGCAUCAGAGAACUCACACUGGAGAGAAGCCCUAUGAAUGUAAUCAUUGUGGGAAAGCUUUCAGUUUCUGUUCAGCUCUUAUUCAACAUCAGAGAAUUCAUACUGGAGAGAAGCUCUAUAAAUGCAAUGACUGCGGAAAAGCCUUUAGUGAUAGAGUGGGAACAAUUGGAAAUAUUGAGUCAGAGAUGCCUCCUUCAGUCGAGGUGGUCUCUUACAGGAUUUCACUGGGGGGCUCUAAGUGGGGGGAUAACAAAUUCCACAUUCACAUCCAGUACAUCUUCCAGUGA